UUUUAGAUGAGUGGUAGUAGUGCAACAGUUGUAACGCAACGUCUAGCUCCGAAACGUCAAACGUUGGAUGAAGCGUAUGCACCGCCGGCGAAUUUUCUGGAAAUUGAAGUGAUCAAUCCAAUAACUCAUGGUGUUGGGAAGACACGUUAUACUGAUUAUGAGAUUCGAUUGAGGACAAAUUUGCCGAUAUUUAAGUAUAAAGAAUCAAGUGUUCGUCGUCGUUAUUCCGAUUUUGAAUGGCUUAGAGGUGAAUUAGAACGUGAUAGCAAGAUUGUUGUGCCAACUUUGCCUGGUAAGGCACUCAAGCGGCAAUUACCAUUCCGUUCCGACGAUGGGAUAUUUGAGGACUCAUUUAUCGAGGAAAGGAGAAAAGGCUUGGAACUGUUCAUCAACAAAGUUGCUGGACACCCACUUGCACAAAACGAACGAUGCUUACACAUCUUUCUACAGGAUCCAAUAAUUGACAAGCAUUAUGUUCCAGGCAAAAUCCGUCUCACAUAAAUGUUUGCACUAAUUUAUCAUCGUAUUCAUCGCUGUGCAACAUAGAACCAGUUGUGUUCUCUUUUUUAUCCGAACGAUAUUUUAGGCUUCAUUGAAGCAAUUAUCAUUUUGUGCAAGUUAAUCUCUUUGUUGAGAAAUGUUUAUGGUUUGUUACUUAAUCUUCAUUAUUAUAAGUAAUGUGUUACAUUUUAUCUUCAUUUCGUUUUAUGAAAAAUCAGUUGUGUAAUAGAUUAGUUAUAUUUGUC